CAGUACCACCCCAUCCUCAGCCUAAAGCACACAUGAGGCUCUUCUGCCUCUCUUUCUCUCUCCUGUGAGCCUUCCGCCUCUGCCCUACUGGAGGAACUCUGUGGGUCCUUGAACGUGGACUUGCCCGUGCGGGCAGGUUAUUGUGAAUUAUCACCGAACUGGGGACACUCGUUAUAUGGUUAAACCCUAAUUGCCUCCGGACGGUACGGGAAUUAUCUCCACAUUAGGACCAGACUUGGAUUGAAUCGCCGCCGGUUUAUCGCUAAGAACAUAUUGAAUAAGAAGAACUUUGCAUGGAGAAGAACACAGACAUGAGAGACGCAACCAUGGAGGAUAACACGACUUUGGAGAACACGACCAUGGCGAAUACGACCACAGAGAACACAGAUAUGGAGGAGAACACAGACAUAGAGAAAAACGGCAUACACCUGCCAAAGGAGCUGGAGAUGGUGCCAGGGGAGGUAAUGGAGGAGGAGAUAGGCCAGAUGCUCCGUCUCCACCACGACGGCGGCGACGACGGCGGCGACGACGACGACGACGACCCGGAGGAGACCCUGUGUGGUGUCGGACCCUUCAAGCCCGCCUGGCUACAGGCGCUGGCCAGGAAGGAGGUGUACAUGGUAGUGUUCAGUAUAGUGGGCCUCACUCAAGGGAUCUUCUUCACCUACAUGGUGUCCGUCCUCUCUACCAUCGAGAAGAGGUUCAAGUUCACCAGCAAGGAGACGGGUACGAUACUUGCUGGAAAUGAUGUAUCGCAGAUCGUCUUAUCUAUCGUCUUGGGUUACUAUGGCAACUACGGUCACCGCCCACGGUGGGUGGCUGUGGGCGUGUUGUUCGCCGCCCUCGCCGGCUUCCUCGCCGCCCUCCCUCACCUCAUGUACGGGGCAGGCGAGGAGGCGAGUGCUAUCGCCGCGGCAGCCACUGCAGGAGCACCCAUCCACCUACUGGCCAACCUCACAGUUGGCACAAAUACUAAGAAGGAGGAGGUGUGCCUCUUCCAGCCGGAGGAGGUGUGCGAAGAGGAGGAGGUUGGCAGCGUGGGUGGCAACCGGGAGUCCUUCAUGGGGCCUCUGGUGCUCUUCUUCAGCUCCCAGUUCUUCUUCGGCGUGACCCUCAGUAUCUUCUACAGCCUGGGGAUCACUUACCUCGAUGAUAACGUUAGCAAGAAGGCCUACCCUAUGUACUACUCGGCCGCCUUCAUGCUGAGAAUCUUAGGUCCAGUGAUCGGGUUCUUCGUGGGAGGGAAGUGUCUCUCCGUGUGGAUAGACCCGUCCCAGCAGCCUAACCUCACUAGGAAGGACCCGCGCUGGUACGGCGCCUGGUGGAUAGGCUUCCUGGUCAUUGGGUUCGGUCUGCUGUUAACGGGGAACCUUCUGUUCCUCUUCCCGCGGAAGUUGCCGGGGACCCAGAAGCGAGAGCAGAAGAGGGCGCUGAGGCUGGCUGAGAGAGACCGUCAGGCUGGUGGCAAAAGAAACGCAGAGUUCUUUUCCUCUCUGGCUAGAACCCAGCGCAGGGAGGCCAAACCCACCCUCAGAAACCUCCUGAAGGGGCUGAAGCGACUCUUCACGAACAAGAUCUGGGUUGGAAAUCUCUUCAACACAACUGUCUACGUACUGGGGGUGUCCGGCUACUGGAACUUCAAGCCCAAGUACCUGGAGACCCAGUUCCGCCAGAGUCCUACCACUGCCAGCUACUUCACAGGUCUGGCCAGUCUGGUGUCCCUUGUGCUGGGCACAGGGCUCGGGGGCGCCGUGCUCCGGUGGGCACACCCGGGGCCGAGGUUUGUCACCGGGUACAACAUCUUCAUCACCUUACUCACCUGCAGCAGCUACAUCAUCCUCGCCUUCAUCGGCUGCCCGAAGCUCACCGUACUCGGCCCCGUCCAAGGGUCAGUUUCCCCGGAGUGUUCUGCGGACUGUGGGUGUUCCCUGAGGUACUCCCCCGUCUGCAGCCUCGAUAACACCACCCUCUACUACUCCGCCUGCUACGCUGGCUGCAGCACCGUCAACACCACCGCCAGCCCCAUAGUUUAUGGAGAGUGUCAGUGUAUUGAGGACAUUAUCUCUGCUACCACCCACCCGCCCCUCACAGCCCUCCCUGCCACCCACCCGCCCCUCACAGCCUCCCUUGCCACCUACUCGCCCCUCACACUUGCCACCUACUCGCCCCUCACAGCCCUCCCUGCCACCCACCCACCCCUCACAACCCGCCCUCACAUCUCGAGCCACCUGGAGAACCUUACCCUAGACGCAGCAGCAGUGACGGGCCUCGCAGGAGCAGGUGGUUUAGGAUGGGGUCGUAGCGGGUACUGCCCUGAGCCUUGCGACAAGUUCUUCUAUUAUAUUAUCAUCCAGAUGGUGAUGAAGACGGUUGCCUCCACCGGCAGGGUGGGCAGCAACCUCAUCCACCUUCGGUCUGUGGCAGACGAAGAUAAGGGCCUGGCCCUUGGCACGCUCAACGUGUUCCUGAGUGUCUUUGCCUUCAUUCCUGCACCAAUCAUGAUGGGUGCCAUUAUAGACUCUGCCUGCUUGGUGUGGGACAAGAAAUGUGGUCGUUCUGGCAACUGUUGGCUCUACGAUACUGAUAAGUUCAGAUUUAUUCUACAUCUGGUACCUGCAGCAUUCAUCUUCGUGUCAGUGUUCGGGGACUUGAUCGUGUAUUACUACAGCCGCCAGCUGGACCUGUACGGUGAGAGAGACGAUGACAAAGUCCUGGAGAAGACUCUCAAUGAGGACUCGCAGGAGGCUCAAAGACUCACCAAGGAGGCUUAGAGCGGUCAGCAGCAUUGCUAGUUCCAGGAUCUGUGAGGUCGCCGAUGUAACAGAUGGGUCAGCAAGUGGAUAGAUGAGAAGAUGGGCAAGAGGAGGAGGAGAUGGACGGCACGACUCCCAUCGUCAACAGUCAAGACCCACACGGAUCUUGUUGACGCUGGGGCAAGACCCACACGGAUCUUGUUGACGCUGGGGCAAGACCCACACGGAUCUUGUUGACGCUGGGGCAAGACCCACACGGAUCUUGUUGACGCUGGGGCAAGACCCACACGGAUCUUGUUGACGCUGGGGCAAGACCCACACGGAUCUUGUUGACGCUGGGGCAAGACCCACACGGAUCUUGUUGACGCUGGGGCAAGACCCACACGGAUCUUGUUGACGCUGGGGCAAGACCCACACGGAUUUUGUUGACGCUGGGGCAAGACCCACACGGAUCUUGUUGAUGCUUGGGCAAGACCCACAUAGAUCUUGUUGAUGCUGGGGCAAGACCCACACGGAUCUUGUUGAUGCUGGAGCAAGACCCACAUAGAUCUUGUUGAUGCUGGGGCAAGACCCACACGGAUCUUGUUGUUGCUGGAGCAAGACCCACACGGAUCUUGUUGUUGCUGGAGCAAGACCUAUGCACAGUGGCUCUUUACAUAUAUAAACAACAAACAUUCGUCUGGUAGAGCACUAAAGGCAUGAGUGGGAAGUCUGCUUUUCUUGAGAGCUCAUUUUUAUUACCUUUAAGCCUAUACACAGAAAGCAAAAGAUUACAGAACUUUUCACAUAUCCAAAGUUCUAAAAACAUAAAUAUCGUAUAGAAAGAGCACUGAUGAUAAAGUAAUUUAUAAAUUGGGUCAGAAUGAUCUACCAAAUGCAUGGUCACUCAGGGUUUUUCAAGAUAUUUUGUUGAAGAACAAUUUUUCUGUGCAAUUGUAUAUUUCUUUGGAUGAAUUCAAUUGAUGGUUAAAGCCACGUGAUUGUGGUUUUAGUGUGUAACUGACACCUCAACCAUUAGGAAACCAGGAACACACACGAUUGUACAUAUUGCUACUAUAUAGAGGUGAUUGUAUUCAUUGUUUCUUCAUACUGGUGAUUGUAUAUAUAGUCCCUGGUAUUUGGUUUUGUUAUGGCUGCUGUAUAUCACAAUGUGUUCAGAGUGGUGUGUAUUGAUGUUUGUCAUCAGAGGUUGCCACAGAGGUUGGUGAGGAGGGUGUGAACCGUGGCUGUGUUCUUGUUCCUCAACACUAUUGAACAUGUUCACAGUCUUGAACACUCGCCUUAGGGACGGUAUCAUGGUUUUGAUAACUUCUGAAUGCGUUCAAGUCUUGAACUCAUGACAUGAGUUUUGGGUUCACAUGUCAGACCUCACACUUCAUGUUCUGCUCACGUGACUCUUAAAUAAUGGAAUAAAGUAGGCAAAGGAAACAUUGUAAUAAUGAUUUAAAAUCUUGCCCGAGUUUAUUUUGAAAUAUAAGAGUGAUGUGCUAGUUAAUAGCAAAACUAAUAAAUAUAUAUUCUUUGUAUUAA